AUGUUCCCCGAGGUGAGCGGCACCAACCUGACGUCCAACCUCAGCGGGCCGCCGUCCUCUCUGGAGCGAGACUGGAGCGACAUGCCGCACGAGCGGCUGUCGCGCGGCGGCCACCGCGUGGUGUCGGUGUUCCUGGGCUCCAUCAUGGUGUUCGGCUUCCUCAACAACCUGCUGGUUCUGGUUCUGUUCUGCCGCUUCAGGACCCUGCGGACCCCCGUCAACAUGCUGCUGCUCAACAUCAGCGUCAGCGACAUGCUGGUGUGCGUGUGCGGCACGACGCUCAGCUUCGCGUCCAGCCUGCGCUGCCGCUGGCUGUACGGCCGCCACGGCUGCAUGUGGUACGGGUUCGUCAACUCCUGCUUCGGCAUCGUGUCCCUGGUCUCUCUGGCCGGCCUGUCCUACGAGCGCUACAGCACCCUGAUGGUGUGCAACAAGCGGGUGUCGGACUACAGGAAGCCCCUGCUGGCGGUGGGGGGCUCCUGGCUGUACUCGGUGGUCUGGACGGUGCCCCCCUUGCUGGGCUGGAGCAGCUACGGUCUGGAGGGAGCCGGGACCAGCUGCUCGGUGACGUGGACCGAGAGGUCGUCGGGCUCCCACUCGUACAUCAUCUGUCUGUUCGUGUUCUGCCUCGGCGUCCCGGUGGUCGUCAUGGUGUACUGCUACAGCCGGCUGCUGCUCGCCGUCCGACAGGUGGGUCAUAUCAGGCGGACAGCAGCUCGUCGCAGAGAGUUCCACAUCCUGUUCAUGGUGGUCACUACGGUGGUGUGUUACCUGCUCUGCUGGAUGCCAUACGGCGUCAUCGCCAUGAUGGCCACCUUCGGCCGGCCGGGAGCCGUCAGCCCCAUCACCGCCGUGGUCCCUUCUAUCCUCGCCAAGAGCAGCACCGUCAUUAACCCCGUCAUCUACAUCCUCAUGAACAAACAGUUCUACCGCUGCUUCCUGAUCCUGUUCCACUGUGAACACCAGCUGACUGAGAACCUGCAGUCCUCCAUGCCCUCCAAGACCACCGUGGUCCAGCUGCAGCGCCGGGUCUGUGACAGCAGCCCGGGACACGACCCGGACCCGCCACCCGGACCUGGACCCGGACCAGGACCAGGACCAGGACCCGGACCCGGACCCAGUUCGCUCCACACGGAGGACCAAACGCUCGCCGCUGAGCCCCCUGACGUCAGCGUGAUGUCACCCAGCGAGUCAGAGACACUUUGACCUCCAGCGUUGUUAUUAAUAAUUAUAAUAAUUAGUGUGCAUUAAUGUGC